UCUCACUUGUGCUGAGCACGGCGCCGGCUGCGGCUCGGAGCUCCCUGUCCGCCCCCGCCAUGUCCCCGGGGCUCCCCGGCCCCGCGCUGGCCCUGGGGCUUCUGGCGCUGCUGCUGCUGCCGCUGCCCGGGACUCGCAGUGACUGUGGGCCCCUGCCAAAGCUGAAUUAUGCUAUCCCCUCUGAUAUGGAUUGGAUAGAGGGCUUCCCUGUUGACACACAAGUUACAUACAAGUGCCGUGAUGGGUUUUUUAAAAUCCCUGGAAAGUCAGACACUGUAGUGUGCCUUUCAAACUCCCAGUGGUCAAACAUCAACGAGUUUUGUGGUCGUGGCUGUGAUGUCCCAACAAGGUUAAAGUUUGCUGCCUUAAGUAAGGACGAUGAGAGUAGGAAUUACUAUCCUCCUGGGAUCACUGUGAGAUAUACUUGUCGCCCAAGGUAUGAGAACAUCACAGAAAUGCUUCUUGUUAGUACUUGUCUUGACAACUUAACAUGGUCAGAAGCCCCUGAGUUUUGUAGAAGGAAAUCAUGUGGUCAUCCAGGAGAAGUACUCCAUGGCAGAGCUGUUCAUAAAACAGAAUUUCUGUAUGGUGCAAAAAUAGACUUCCUCUGUGAAGAUGGGUACAAAUUAAUUGGACGACCUUUCAUUCAUUGUGGGCUUAAGGGAGAUGAAGUUGAAUGGAGUGAACUUCCAACUUGCCAAGCAAUUACUUGUUCUUCCCCUCCUUACAUUGCUAAUGGAACAUACGAUAGCAGGGGUGUAGAAAAUUUUGCUUAUAACUCAACAGUAACUUACAGAUGUGACCGUGGGUUCCAGCUUAUUGGAGCUGCCUCCAUUCAUUGUACAACAAAAGAUAAAACAAGUGGAAUCUGGAUUGGACCUGCUCCUAAAUGCAAAGACACAACUGCACGUGUCCUAUUGAAAGGAAAUGAAACAAGUGGUACUUUCUCAGGUUCUUAUAAUGUAUCCAAUAACAUGAUACCCGAGCAGCAUCUGAAAAAGAAAAUAAAAAGCAGACCGUAUUAUGUAUCACAAUUCCAAAACAAACAUUUCACCAUCACUUCCUCCCGUUCUUCCUCAUUUCCCAGAGGUGACCUGAGGACGCGAGCGAGAUCUUUGCUAUCCAGGAGAACAAGAGCAUGGCAGAGCUGCUGCUAUAACAGAUUUCCAAUUCGGUGCAAGAGUGGAUUUCACCCGUGAAGAAGGGAGGGGAUCAGGCUGUGGUGAAUGACUGACUGAGAGCUGCUGGCUGACUCUGGAAACUGAGCAUCAAAGGGUAAUCUCAAACUUAUUCAAGUGCAUGCUGCACCUCCACUUUGAAGUUGAAAUGGGCUUAGUCGUCUUCUGGUAAACUGGACAGUACAGCUUACUCGAGGGGAGCCUAGACAUGUAUGAGAGAGCCCUUAAGAUCCCUGAAGAUUGCAGAAGAACUAUGCAAACAGACAUUCUGAUGCUCCCAUGAAAUUUUUACAAAGGACUUGUCUAAUCAGAACAUCUUUCUCUUCAUGUCUGAAACAUGAAAGAGCCCUGAAAAACCUGCCUGCCUUCAAUGUUAGAUAAGCUGGGAGCAGCUCCGUUGCCUCAUCCAUGCUGUACACUUACUGCUAAUUUCCAAAUAUAAUAUUUGGUAUAAACUAAAAUAUUAAUUGCUGUUUCCAUAUGUAUGGCUUGUUCCUGGAAGCUGUUAACUGAUAUUCAUGAGUUUUCUAUUUCAGGUGACUUUAAUUUCGUCUCUCUAUAUUGAGAAUAGCCAUUAUCUUGGUAAGCAAAUAAAAACAUUUUUAAGCUUUGUUUAAUGUAACCCUUCUGCCAGGCCCAAUUGAUAGAAGCAAGGGCUGAGUUCAAUACAUAGAGUUCCUUCCCUACAACAUAAUGCAAAACUAGCUUGAGCCCCCAUCCAGUGACCUGGGAAAAUCUUACACACACCCUUGGGUGCCUUGAAGAGGCAAUACUUCCCCUCUUGCAAGCACAGAGUCU